AUGAGAGAUCAGUCAGUGAAAUGCGAUGCCGACUAUGGGGAGGACUCCGAAAAUAGCCAAUCGCCACCUCCACCAGAUUCACGAGCGCAAAUGAGUAUCGUUGACGCAAAAAAAGCCGAACUUCUUAUGUUAUCGCAACUGCUCGCGCACACAUCUGCGCUCAAUCAGUCACUGUCGAUAACGGAGAAGAAUCUGCGAGAGCUUAAUGAGGGAAUGAAGAUGUCGCUGAUAGCUGUCGAUCAAUGGAAGACGGCACUCAACCUUACUUCGCUAGUGGCACAAGACAUCCAUGGGCCACCAGCUGAAGGCGAUGUAGUGAAACUGGUCAAGUUGGAUAAGCAUUGA